CUUUUUCUGCCUUUUGUUUCAACUUUUGUUUCUGUGCUACCUAUGCAUUUGUCCAUGUCUAUCUUCCUUCCUCUGUUCCCCCCCUCCCUCUUUAACUCCCAAAACAACAAAAUGGGUUAGCAAUCAUGCUCUCAAUUUCCUCACAAAGAUUCUUCUUUAGUUCUUUUUAGUUUUUUCCCAUUUCUUUUCUUGUUAAAAAUCAUGCCUUUUUAUUGUGUUCUUGCUUUUCUUGAUUAUUCCCCAUGAUUUGACCUCAUUUCUUAAACUUUCUUGCACCAUUCAAGAUCAAGACUCCUUUGAUUGUUGUUAUCUCAAAUACCCAAAAUUGGUAUAAAGGGUAGUUGUGUUUUGUGAUGGAGGAGAUUGACCUGAAUGAUGCAGUGAGUGACCAGAAUGAUGCAGAAACACUUUCUUCAACCCUGUCAAAUUCUUGUUCAAUUCAAAGGGAACAUUGGUAUGCUUGUGCUGGUCCUCUCACCAGUCUUCCAAAUAUAGGAAAUGUGGUUGUUUACUUCCCUCAAGGUCAUUUGGAACAGAUUGCUUCACACUUAUCCACUCACUUUUCACCCAUUGAAGUUCCUUCUUUAGGGCUUUCUCCUCAGAUCUUUUGCAAGAUUGUUGAUGUUGAAUUGCUUGCUAACAAGGAGAAUGAUGAGGUCUACACAAAGCUCACUCUUUUACCUCUACCAGAGGGGAAGUUACCAGAAAAGGAAGAAGAGGGGGGUGGGGUUACAGAUACACCCACAAGAUCAACACCUCAAAUGUUCUGCAAGACACUAACUGCUUCUGAUACAUCCACUCACGGCGGAUUCUCGGUCCCUCGAAGAGCUGCGGAAGAUUGUUUCCCACCUCUGGAUUAUAAGCAGCAGAGGCCGAGUCAGGAACUAGUUACUAAGGACCUACAUGGAGUGGAAUGGAAAUUUAGGCAUAUUUAUAGAGGUCAGCCAAGGCGGCAUUUGCUUACGACGGGUUGGAGCAUCUUUGUAAGCCAAAAAAAACUUGCUUCCGGGGAUGCGGUUCUUUUUUUGAGGGGAGAAGGUGGAGAACUGAGGCUGGGAACCCGUAGGGCCACACGACCACGAAAAGUUCUCCCUGAUACAACCAUGGGCAACUUGAAAUCUUAUGCCGACACACUUGCAUCUGUCGCUAAUGCAGUGUCUACCAACAGUACUUUUCAUGUUUUCUACAGUCCAAGGUCCAAUCGAGCGGAUUUUGUUGUUCCUUAUGCAAAGUACAUGAAAUCGGUCAGUAACGUGAUAUGUAUCGGCACAAGAAUCAAAAUGAAAUUCUCUAUGGAUGAGUCUCCUGAAAGAAGGUUUAGUGGAGUCGUGACUUAUGUCGGUGAUAUGGAUCCUUACAAAUGGGCUAACUCAAAAUGGAGAUGUCUAAUGGUGAAAUGGGAUGAAGAUUUUGGAAAUGAUCAUCAAGAACGAAUAUCCCCUUGGGAGAUUGAUCUUUCUAACGGGACUUUUCCGUUGUUAAAUAUGCAGUCUUCUCCAAGACUCAAGAAACUGCGUGCCGAUCUGCACGCAACUCCUUCUGUACGCCCGGUAGUUGCACCGGGUAGUUAUCUAGACUUUGAGGAGUCGAUAAGAUCCUCUAAGGUCUUGCAAGGUCAAGAAAAUGUAGGUCCCGUAUCACCUCUCUUUGGACGUGAUAAGAUGAACAACUCGUUAAGCUUUGGGUUACAACCCUCUAUGCACACGGGUUUCCCCCCUAAUGCGAUGACGAUGAUGGGUAGGAAUACGAGUUUUAUCGGUGAACUUAUGAGAAGUACUCAUCAUCAACCGCUUUCAACCACCCCUUACUCGGGCUUUCUGGGAUCUGAUAACGCUAGAUUCCCGAAGGUCUUGCAAGGUCAAGAAAUUUGCUCGUUGAGAUCAUUGACUGGAAAAACCGACAUCAGUUCUUGGGCCCCACCAAGAACCGAUCUUGGUAACACCCAUUGCAAUGUUCUCAACAUGCAUCAAACCACUGAGAGUCCCGGUUUCUACCCUCUUGGUUCCGAAGGGGGUAGAAACUUUAGUUUUCCAAAUCCCAAUGUUUUUGAACCCAAACCAAAUCCGGGUCGAGUCAUGCCUACAGACUUCAACCGCUUUCCCAUCAUUCCACCUUCUAUUGGAGGUGGGCCCGCUAAGAAAACCGUUAUCGAACCUAAUUUAACCGGUGAGAAAGAUGAUAGCAUUGGGAGUAGCUGUAAACUCUUCGGUUUUACAUUGAAUGAAGCACCUCAAUUACCGGAUGCCAAAAAUUCAAACAAGAGGAGUUGUACCAAGGUUCACAAACAAGGGAAUAAAGUUGGAAGGGCCAUCGAUCUAUCAAAAAUGUCUAGCUACCGCGAGUUGUUCAUGGAGCUAGAAGUGUUGUUUAGUAUGGAAGGCAUGUUUAAUAAUCUAGACGGUGGAUGGCGACUACUGUAUACCGACGAAGAGAACGAUAUGAUGGUUGUUGGGGAUGAUCCAUGGGAUGAGUUUGCAAGGAUGGUUACGAAGAUACACAUAUACACUGCUGAAGAAGUUGAGAAGCUGAUGAGCAGUGGGGUGAUCAGUGACAAUACGAGCUGUUUGGAGGAAGCACCGGCUAUAGUUGACACGGCUAAGUCUUCGUCAGUUGGUCAGCCAGAUUAAUCAUCGUAUGUAUCAAACUGUCCUUUGGUUGUUUAGUUAUGCAUGUGUUGUAGUUGUACUGUGUUUGUUUUUGGCCAAAAACUAUGGAACCUUUGUUUUUCAAAGCAAAAUUUAAGAACUUUGCGGUCUUGGAUGCGAGAACAUGUAAGCGAAUAAGUUAUAGACUCGGGUUUUGUGA